CAGUGAUGAGAAAUUUACAUUUUCCACUCUUGCCUCACUCUGAGCCUUCACAGGGCACUCUUGAAGGUCACAGACAUUGUUUGUUCUUGUCUUGGAUUUAUGCCUUGAAAUUUUACAUUUUGUUUCCCAGCUACCACAGGCCUUUUUAGGAGAGUAACCUGGCCGCUGCACUAAAGGAUGCAUGACUUCAGGGGAUAGAAGUUCAGGUAUCACAGAUCACAGUCUGACAUUACACAGCAGCUGAGAUGGAUAACCAAAGAGUAAUCUACUCUGAAAUGAAUCUGGCCCAAAACUCAAAGAGGCAGCAAAGGAAAUCUAAGGACACUAAGAGCUCCAUUUCAGAAACCAAACAGGAAAUAACCUAUGCGGAAUUAAACCUUCAAAAUGCUGCUCAGGAUCUUCAAGGAGAUGACAGAUCUUAUCACUGCAAAGAUUUGCUGUUACCUCCAGAGAAGCUCAUUGCUGGGAUCCUGGGAAUCAUCUGUCUUGUCUUAAUAAUGUCCACUGUGGUAACAAGUCUGGUCUAUCCCUCUACAGAAACAAAGAAGCAGAACAAUACUCUCCAGACUGUAAGAACUCCGAAAGCAUAUCAUUGUGGCCGUUGUCCAGAGGAGUGGUUCACAUAUUCCAGCAACUGUUAUUCCAUCAGUAAGGAAUUCAAAACUUGGGAUGAGAGUGUGACGGCCUGUGCUUCAAACAACUCUAAUCUGCUUUACAUAGAUAAUGCAGAAGAAAUAAUUUUUCUGGGCUCCCUGCUACGUCAGUCAUGGAUUGGAGUUUUUCGUAACAGCAGUCAUCACCCAUGGGUGUCAAUAAAUGGCUCAACUUUCAAACUUCAAAUAGUAGAAACAGCAACUGGUAAACGUAACUGUGCUAUUCUACACUCAGAUGGACUUCAAUCAGAUGGAUGCGAAUCUUUGAAAAGAUACCAUUGUAAGCACAAGCUUUAGAAGUAAAGUGUCUGACUUUGGAGUUGGCCAUGUAAUUUUAUAUUUUGUGCAAUGGAAAUAAUAUUAUGAUUGCAUAAGUCAAAAUAACUGGUUUUUGUUUUAAUAAUGAAAAGAUUUCCAAAAAUAACAUUUGUAGUAUAAUACACAAACCAGAAAGAACAGGAUUUCAUUGCUUUUGUGUCUGGCUCUUUUUGGUCAUCAUUGCGUUUGUGGCAUUUAACCUUUCUAAAAGUUGCAUGCUAUGUCAAGCUGCUUAUAUGAAAUGUCAAGAAUAAGCGAACCCUUAGAGAUGCAAUGUGGAAGAGUGGUUGUCAAAGGCUAAGGAGUUUUUAGAAUGAGAAAUUGCCACAAAUUGCUACAUUUUUUGUUUUUGGAGUCAUGAAAAUUUGCUGAAUUUUGGAAGUGGUUUUUGUUGUAACUCUGUAAAUAUGUGAAUAUUUCCUGAUUUAUACACUUUAAAUGAAUGAAAUUUAUCCUAUCUACAUGACAUCUCAAUAAAAAAUAUCUGAAAACAACUUUCCUCUAAUUAUAUUUGGAAUGGUAUUAAUCUCUAAAGUCGUUUUUAAAGAU